UACAGAAUCCUGAUGCUGAUCAUUUACAGGGUUACCAGGUUUGUGAGGAGGUGAAGAUGGAGAGCUGUAAAUCCACAGAUGGAGAAUCAUUAAGCUUUAUAAAUAACCAAGAGGAUGAAGGAAUCCUGAUCAUGACUAUAAAAGAAGAAGAUGAUGAAGAUUACCUCUGUGGUGGAACAUCCGGCUCUGUGGAACACCUCACUCCUGUGGACCAGGAGAACAGAGAUGUAAAAGAAGAAGAUGUGAAAGAGGAGGAAGAUGAAGAAGAAGAUUAUCUCUCAGUGAAAAGCUUCUCCUGCUCCUGGUGCAGCUUCUCCUGUGAGUCUGAACUCGAGCUCCACACUCACAUCAGGAGUCUCCACACCGAGGACCAUGUGAGUAUAAACCUGCUGAAACAUGAGACCCCGAUACCCUGGGGUCAGCAGACGUCCUCGGGUUCCGUCGGCGAUGUCCAUCAGGACGUCCAUCGCUGCUCUGAGUGUGAGAAGAGUUUCACUGACCUGCGUCUCCUCAAAUCACACCGGCGCAUUCACACCAGAAAGAAGCUGCACCAGUGCCCUCAGUGCGAGAAGAGCUUCACGUGCAAGAGUCAUCUCAACGAGCACCAGCGCAUUCACACGGGAGAGAAACCGUACCAGUGCUCCCAGUGCGAGAAGAGUUUCACUCGUAAAGGUUUCCUCAAACAGCACCAACUGAUCCACUCCGGAGAGAAGCGGUACGAGUGCGAGCAGUGCGGCAAGAGCUUCAACCGGAAAGGAACUCUGAAGCAUCACCAGCUCCUCCACACGGGGGAGAAACCCUUCCACUGCGCCCAGUGUGGCAGGAGCUUCGUCACCAACAACCACUUCAAACUGCACCAGCGCAUGCACACCGGGGAGAAGCCGUUCCAGUGCUCCGACUGCGGCAAGAGCUUCAACUGCAAGAGUCACCUGAACGCGCACCAGCGCAGUCACGCCGAGGAGAAACCGUACCAGUGCCCCGAGUGUGGCAAGGGAUUUCACCGCAAGGACGAUCUGAAACUGCACCAUCGCAUUCACACCGGAGAGAAACCCUACCAGUGCUCGCAGUGUGGGAGGAGCUUCACUCAGAAAAGUGCUCUCAAACAACACCAGCGCAUUCACGCAGGAGAAAAAACCUAUCACUGCUUAGAGUGCGAGAGGAGUUUUUAUUUCAAAAGUCAGCUUAAUGCACACCAGCGCAUUCACACAGGAGAGAAACUCUAUCAGUGCUCGCAGUGCGAGAAGAGUUUUUAUCGUAAAGACACUCUCAAACAUCACCAGCUCCUCCACUCCGGGGAGAAGCCGUAUUACUGCGCCGAGUGUGGCAGGAGCUUCAUCACCAACAAUCACUUCAAACUGCACCAGCGCGUUCACACCGGAGAGAAGCCGUUCCAGUGCUCCGACUGCGGCAAGAGCUUCAACAGCAAGAGUCACCUGACCGCUCACCAGCUCAUUCACACAGAGAAGAAACCGUUUCAGUGCCCGCAGUGCGGCAAGGGCUUUUAUCGCAAAGAUGUUCUCAAGCUGCACCAGCGCAUUCACACCGGCGUGAAGCCGUAUCAGUGCUCGCAGUGUGGGCGGAGCUUCCUCACCAACAAACACCUGAAACGACACGAGCGCGUUCACACAGGAGAGAAGCCGUACCAGUGCUCCCAGUGCGCCAAGAGUUUCAGCUGCACCAGUCACCUCAAACGACACCAGCGCAUUCACACCGGAGAAAAACCGUACCUCUGCUCGCAGUGCGGGAAGAGUUUUAACUGCAACGAACAUCUCAAACAGCACCAGCGCAUUCACACAGGAGAAAAGCCCUAUCAGUGCCCUGAUUGUGAGAAGAGUUUUAACUGCAAGAGUCACCUGAAGUCACACCAGCGCGUUCACACGGGGGAGAAACUAGUGCUCACCGUGUGAAAAACUAUAAUCACUCAUAUAAAAGUGUUCUCGAAGGAUUUAAUUUAUAAAGAUUUAGCUUAAAUAGAACAGAAAUGUUAACGUGACACGAUAAUGAGCUUAUAAACAUCUACCAUCAAACACUGGAUCCUAGUGCAGGUUCCUCAUGUAGCUACCAGAUCAGCAGCACCUACGUCCUCCUCCACCUACAGAAGCAGAACCGUGAUCACUACCACCACAACCUGAUAACAGACUCACCGGACUGUUUAGCGCACUUCUGCACUACAGAGAAAGAUUCUGAUCAUUGAUGGACGCCACAGUCUUCAUCCAGCACCAAGAUAUGAAGCUGUAAUCAGAACAUUUGAUAUUAAACUGUAUAAUAUAACCUCAGAUUUACUGUAAGUGGACGCGUCUCCUGUUUAAAACUGACCAGCAGACUAAAACUGAUUAAAAAUACUUGGACAUAAAGUAAAAUAUCUCAGGAUAAUAAAUAUCAUGAUUUUCUUGUUCAGUCUGGAGCUGCAGCAACACAUCAGCACAUUUUAUCAUGUACACUGAUC